CUGCGGCCGGAGCUAGGGAAAUGGAUCCAAACCGUAGAGAGGGGAGAGAGCUGCUCUCCCCUCCGCACAGUGCCGGUCCUUGCUAGCAGCAGCAGGAAGACUCCCAUGUGCUGGGCACCGUACACCGCGCGGUGACUGCUGCCAGUGAGAGGUGGGAGACAGCGGCAGCAGCAGCAGAUGAGGAGGACGCUGUGGUAGCGGCAGUGUGCAGCAGCCUCAGACAUGUCAGUCCCAUGGCAGCGUGUGGAGUCAUCUGUCCAAAGCCCAGCAGCUCAGCCGGCUCCGGGGCUCAGCGCCAGUCUCAGGACCUGAACCGGAGGAGGGAACCCCUGCGCCUGCAGGACCAGCAUAUGUAUACAAGACAUAGGAAAGUUGAUAGAUAAAGGAGGAAGAUAAAACAUUUAAAGGUUACAAUCUAACUUUCUGCUUUACUAGCAUAAAGAUCAUAGGAGCCAGAGCAGACUAAGCCAUGAAACCUAACCUAAAGCAAUGGAAACAACUUAUGCUAUUUGGAAUCUGUGCCUGGGGCUUACUGUUUCUGGUGAUCUUCAUCUACUUCACAGACAGCAAUUCAGUGGAACCAGUGCCAAGUUCAUUCUCUUACAUAGAGGCUAAAAAACUCCUGCCUAUUCAAGGAAAGCAGAGGGCCAUCAUGGGAGCACUUCAAGACCCAUCAUUAUCCUACGCCAUCAACGAUAACAAUCUUAUUAAUGAAGACAUUUUAAACUCCUUUAAAUCUGACCCAGGUAACAUUAAAACUAUAGCAGAUGUGGAGAAUUAUUUUGAAAGUGAAGAUAAAUUUAUAAAGAAAAGCAAAGGCCUCAUCCAUAGUCUUGUAGAUUAUAAUCAGGCAGAUUCACUUAAUUUAAUGGCUAAUGCUAGGUAUCGGAAAAAUCCACAACCGCGACACCGAAAAGUACGAAGGAAUGUACAUCGCAGGAAACAGCAUAUGUUUGAUGAGCCCGAUGACUGGAAUGGAUUCUCUUCAACCAUGUCCAAAUCUUUUCUGCAGAAGCUAUGGAAAGGGAAUGUCUCAUCAAAGAUGCUGACACCUCGUCUUCAGAAAGCUAGGCGGGAGUACCUGAGAGCCAACAAGCUGGGCGUUAACUUCUCAGGAAAACAGAAUGUAAGGAAACUUAGUGCCCAGGAACUGCUGUGUAUACUGAAAAAGCGAGCUCAUGUCAGGAUGCUGGAUGGCAAGGAAGCUCCAUUCUCCAACUUAGGAUGGGAAAAGUAUUUCCCCCAAAUACCACUGAACAAGCUGUAUCCGCAAGGCUUUUCUACCUGUGCAGUUGUUUCAUCUGCUGGUGCAAUACUUAACUCUUCCCUUGGAGCAGAAAUUGAUUCCCAUGAUGCAGUGUUAAGAUUUAAUUCUGCACCAACACACAACUAUGAAAAAGAUGUUGGAAACAAAACCACCAUGCGCAUUAUAAAUUCUCAGAUUCUUACCAACCCGAACCAUCACUUUACAGAUAGCUCAUUGUACAAAGAUGUCACUUUAGUUGCAUGGGAUCCUUCUCCUUAUUAUGCUGAUCUUCACAUGUGGUAUCACAAGCCAGACUACAAUUUUUUCCCACCUUAUGAGCAGCAUCGUAAGAAAAAUCCAGAUCAGCCAUUUUAUAUCCUCCACCCAAAGUUCACAUGGGAACUGUGGAAAGUAAUCCAAGAGAAUAGUGAUGAGAAAAUACAACCAAACCCCCCCUCUUCAGGUUUCAUUGGUAUCCUGAUUAUGAUGUCCCUGUGUAGAAAAGUCCAUGUGUAUGAGUACAUCCCUUCAUACAGACAGACCGAUCUGUGCCACUACCAUGAGCAAUAUUAUGAUGCCGCAUGUACCCUGGGUGCAUACCAUCCACUUCUCUAUGAAAAAAUGCUUAUUCAAAGGAUAAACCAAGGGACAGAUGAUAAUCUUCUCCGGAAAGGCAAAGUGACGCUUCCAGGAUUCAGUUCUAUAAAUUGCCCCAUAAAUGACCGUAUUACAUAAGAGUGGAGGUAUUUCCUGCGGAAAUCAUGUGCAAUAACUUGAUACUGUUGUUAUCUCAACAGCUAUACUUGAAGAAGACAUCAUGUAGACCGUUGACAGGCAUUGGUCGUUAAACAUAUAGUGAGUGGUGGGCGUACAAAUAUCUGUCUAUGACAUUGAGUAUUUAUCACUGCUUUGCCAGAGUAAGAGAUGCGUAACUUUGGAUGGUGAAAGUUACAAUUGUGUGCUCGUUAGGAAACAAUAUAAUGGGGACUUGAAGGAGCUGCUCCCAUCAAUCCAUAUUGUGCCAUAUUGUUACUGUGUUAAUUAAGAAUCUGUCUGUUUUCAUGUGUACUUAGAAAUACUUGAACACCCUUCCGUAAUGUGUGACCUUGGUGUUCUGUAGCUGAAACAUACUCAUUGAUUAAAUGCCCUUGUGGCCCAUUCUAAAAGGAGGAUAUAGUUUAUUUACCUAAAGGCAGUCAUCCAGAUGAUGCAUUUGACACAUGCAUAUUUUGAAUCAAGUAUAUUUACACAUAUAUUAAUUACUAAAUACAUAAUAAAAGCCUACAAGCUUCAUAUUGUAACAGUGAGAGAUAUUACAUAAUGAAGCUAUUAGCCAGUUGGUAAUGGGUGUAGCAUCUCUUUGGAAAAUGUGUCGAAUGGGGGGAGGGGGGGGGCAUAGAAUGUAGAUAGAAGGAUGUUAGAUGUGUCUUUACAAUGGUAGAUACACACUAGUUGAUGGAUUUAAGAGUGUUAAUUCUCUUAGCAGGAUAAUGUGGUUGGUGCUGGGAAAGAAAAUACCACUAAUAAAUAGACAUUUUGUUAACUUAACACUAACUAGAGGUCUUAAUAUACAUAAGGAUUUCUUAUGCAGCUCCUACAUAUACAAUUGUUAUUUUGCACAAAGAAUUGGUAAACUCUUAAUUGGAAAUAAAGUAUUCUAAAAAGAGGGUCUUUAUAGUUUAUACAGGAACUGCUAGAUGUGUAUUCAAUAAUCUGUGUUAGUCUGCAGCUAAACUUCACUUCCAUGCUAGUUUAUUAUUACAUCAAAAUGAUGUUGCAGUGAAACUAGUUCAACUGCGUCUUGAAAAGUGAACAUGCCGCUUGUAAUAGAAUAUAGUGUGCUUGGUAUGAAAAGAGUUUAAGGUAGUGUUUUACAUUGUGACUGAGCUAUAAUCUGUGGCUGAGAGACCACGCUAUUGUAUAUACAGUUUUCUGAGCCUCUUCUGUAAUAUAUGUCUCAAAUGAUAUAGACCUUGCACUGGCGUUAAGGACAGUGAUAAAUGCUAAAAUCUAGGGUUACGUUAAGUAGUGGAAUAAAACAGGCACAUGUGCACAGCUGCGCAGUGAGGGAUGAAAUGAAUACAUAGCAAGUAUUUGGUGCUAAGAAAUAGUUAGGUGGAAGAAACUGCUGAGUAUUACAUAGGCUGCCACUUUUAGGCAGAGAUACACUGUGCACUCACAAAUUAUAUAUAUCGUUAGUCAUAUGUUCAGUGUCAGUAAUAGGGAUGCACAUAAUAUGUAUCAAGUGCUGAUAUGGGAUAACUAAUUAUAUACUGUAGCACUGAAGUGUGUGAUUUUUGCACUUACCCUUGAUAAAUUUUAGACAGAGGGCUAAACUUAUUAUUGAGCAAAACGGUGUGCCUAUAAUUUUUGACUUUUGGCUUCAACUGACCUCCAACCCAAGGAUUGCUGGUCAUGUGUUUCAUGGGAAGGACAUAUUCUAUAAAAUACAAAUUUCUACACUGGAUCCCAUUAAAAAUACAAUGGCAUCACAACAAGACCUGUAAUUUUUUUUUAUGAAGUUUGGUGCCGCCAUAUAGUCUGUACUUCCAUAUCUAUUUGGCAUUUCAUGUUCCUGCUCAAUAGUAGACCUGGUCCCAUUUAGAGUGCCAUAUACUAUACCUCCCAGUGGGUAGUUGCAAAUCACUGUGUGUUACUGUACUUUUAUUGAUCUGAUGUAAUGUUUGUUACAAAAUACACAUAAAAGAAAUCUAUUUUACUCUGUCAGCCUGAGUUGCAGGAUCACUCAUAACUUUUACCUGAUCUUUUUGUAUUCUUAGUGUUUUCAAUUCAGAGCCAGACUAAUUUUUUUUAUAGCUUUGAUGGUCUUUUUGUAAAAAUGUUUUUUUUUGUUUUUGGUUUGUUUUUACUUUCUGGCUUAUUAUCCAUCUGAUGAAAUUUAAAACGUUUUGAAGGAACAUCAAUUUUGAACAAUGUUUGUACACAUUUUAACACUUUUCUAUUUUGUUUUUGUACAUUUUUAUGUAUGCACAAUGUAUAUAAUAUUUCAUGUAAAUAAACUAUUUGGUUUUAUUUGUA